CUUCCAUUCCGAUAACAUUUCUCCCGGCGACUUUCCUUGGUUUUCCACAAGGAUCGCUCGCUCCUGUGCAGUACUUCAUCGGGUUUUGUUGUGAACGUCACUACCCGAUGGAGACAAGGAGAGCCGUCCUGAAGCGGAAACUCCUCCCGAAUCCCAGCUCUGCGACCCACUGACGCUGAGAAAGGCGUAUCAAGGGAAACAGUUUUACUGCUAUCUCGGCAAGAAGGAGUCCGGCGCCGAACACAUCCCGGCAACAAAAGGGAGAAUUAAAUUGGGAUUGUUAAGGCUAAGCAAGAGCUGAAGCUCGGCUGGCCAAGCGCACGGAGUGCUGGUAGCACAGUGUGCAGGCAGUGCCGGUCAUCCCCGAUCCGACGUGAAGAAAAGGAAACGGCAAGGAAAGGAUCGACAAAAAGUGGCACUGGCUGGGCAAUGAUUCCCAAUACCUGAGAAACAAGAGCAUCCGAAACGGAAGAUUUGUGCCUUAAGGAAAAUGGGAUUUGGAAGGGACCUUAGAAAUUCUAAUGAAGCACUGCUAAAGCUGCAAGACUGGGAGAUAAAACUUCUAGAAACUGUGAAAAAGUUUAUGUCAUUACGAGUGAAAAGUGAUAAAGAAUAUGCCUCCCUUCUUCAAAAUAUCAUCCAGCAAGUAGACAAGCAUGAGAACUCUACUCAAGUGGAUUACAUCAGCAAUACUUCUAAGUCAUGGUUACAAAUGGUUCAACAAACAGAGCAGUUAAGCAAGAUUAUGAAAUCCCACGCUGAGGAUCUUAACUCAGGACCCCUUCAUAGGUUGACAAUAAUGAUAAAAGACAAGCAACAAGUCAAGAAGAGUUACCAGAGCUUUCAUCAGCAAAUUGAAUUAGAAAUGUGCAAGGUGACAAAAAAUGACUUGGAAAAAUUAAAAGGUGCUUAUAGACAAUUAACAAAAGAUGCAAACUGUGCCAAAGAGAAAUACAAAGAAGCCAUUGUAAAAGGAAAAGAACCUGAAAAGGCAAGAGAUCGCUAUGAUAAAGCCAUGAUGAAACUUCAUAAUCUCCACAAUCAAUAUGUAUUGGCUGUGAAAGGAGCUCAGCUACACCAGGAACAUUACUAUGAUAGUACUCUUCCAUUGCUUUUGGACUCUUUGCAGAAAAUGCAGGAGGAAAUGAUAAAAGCACUCAAAGGAAUAUUAGAAGAAUAUUGUCAGAUAACCAGUCUCUUAACGGAUGAAAUAGUUAAGGUGCACAAAGAAAUACACACCUCGGUUGAACAGAUUGACCCUGCAACCGAAUAUGAGCAUUUCAUUGAGGUUCACAGUAAGUCACCUGAAGUUAAAGAACUAAAUGUAGAAUUCGACGUUUCCUUGCUAGAAGAUACAGAAAAUCUUCAAGCAAAUGAAAUUUUGUGGAACAGUUUAACAGCAGACUCUUUGCAAAAUAUGUUGAAAACAGCAACAGAAGAAUUGGCCUUGACCCAACAGACGCUACUCAACAAAGAAGAAUUAAUGCAGGAUUUAGAAAAGAAAAUUGAAGAGUCUGCAAAAUCAUGUGAAAAGAAGUCCGACAUUGUUUUGCUGCUUAACCAAAAACAAGCACUGGAAGAACUGAAACAGACAAUCCAACUUCUAAAAUGCACUGAGGCUAAAUUAGCUGCUCAAAAAGACCUGUUGGAUCAGAAGAUGCAAGAAAAUGAUGGCAAAGAGCCACCUCCUGUAGUUAACUAUGAAGAAGAUGCAAGAUCUGUCACCUCAAUGGACAAAGGAAAAGAUAAAGUCUCAAAGUUUGACACGUUACGCCACUCUAUUGCUGGUAUCAUUCGGUCUCCAAAAUCGGUUUUGGGUUCUUCGUCUUUCUUUGAUGUGAUCCCUACCAGUGAGAAGCCAUUAGGGGAACAGGACUGGUAUCAUGGUGCAAUUCCAAGAAUAGAAGCUCAGGAGUUAUUGAAACAGCAAGGAGACUUUUUAGUUCGAGAAAGUCAUGGCAAGCCAGGAGAAUAUGUCCUUUCUGUGUUCUCAGACGGGCAGCGCAGGCACUUUAUUAUACAGUAUGCAGAAAAUCAGUAUAGAUUUGAAGGCACUGGUUUCGCAACAAUUCCUCAACUUAUUGAGCACCAUUACACUACUAAGCAAGUGAUUACUAAAAAGUCGGGUGUGGUCCUCUUGAAUCCUGUUGUUAAGGAUAAGAAGUGGGUUCUCAAUCAUGAAGAUGUAACACUUGCAGAGCUUCUUGGUAAAGGUAAUUUUGGUGAAGUGUUUAAAGGAACACUGAAAGAUAAAACUCCAGUUGCUGUAAAAACAUGUAAAGAAGAUUUGCCACAAGAAUUAAAAAUAAAAUUCUUAUCUGAAGCAAGGAUACUUAAACAGUAUGAUCACCCAAAUAUUGUUAAAUUAAUAGGAGUCUGCACACAAAGACAGCCCAUUUAUAUUGUUAUGGAACUCGUACCAGGUGGUGAUUUCCUUUCGUUUUUAAGGAAGAAAAAAGAAGACCUGAAAACAAAACAGCUUGUUAAAUUUGCUUUAGAUGCUGCUGCAGGAAUGGCAUAUCUUGAGUUAAAAAACUGCAUCCACAGGGAUCUUGCUGCUAGGAACUGCCUUGUUGGAGAAAACAACUUGCUGAAGAUCAGUGACUUUGGAAUGUCUAGACAAGAAGAUGAUGGCAUAUAUUCUUCAUCUGGAUUAAAGCAGAUUCCUAUCAAAUGGACAGCACCAGAGGCCCUUAAUUAUGGGAGAUACAGCUCCGAGAGCGAUGUGUGGAGUUACGGCAUUCUUCUUUGGGAGACCUUCAGUUUAGGCAUGUGUCCAUAUCCUGGAAUGACAAACCAGCAAGCCAGAGAACAGGUUGAGAAAGGUUACAGGAUGACCUGCCCUCAAAAGUGCCCAGAGGAAAUCUACAAAGUAAUGCAGAGGUGCUGGGAGUACAAGCCCGAAAACCGCCCCAAGUUUGCUGACAUCCAAAAAGAACUGUCAUUAAUAAAAAAAAAAUAGCAAGAUGGUAAAAACCAUCCAGAGACUUCCUUAUUCUUUUGUUUUUGUACUUUGGAAGAAGGUAAUAUCGUGAACACUAUCCUAAUGAAUCGAUAUGUUAAAUGUUUGUAUUACAGUAGCAUAUUUUUGUGUGUAAAACCUUUGACGUUUAACCUGCACUGAACGGCACUGCCGAGGAGAACAUAGGACGCCGCCAGAGACCCCAAGAUCAGCGGAAACCUCAAGAGUUUCUUCUCUUUUACAAUACUGAGAUAGAGAACCUCAUUAUGGUAACACGCAAACACACACACAAUAAAUCCCAUGUGCUUGUGUAGCACUGGACCAAAAAGCCAAAAGUAUCUGCCUAGAACUUUGGCGUAGUAAGCAUAAGCAUCAGCCGACCCUACCAAGGAGUCCUGCUUCACUCGUCAGGGUGUGUUUGUCAUUUUUCAGAAUGUUCAUUAUGUAGAUCAUCAUCACUCUGUCCUCCUGCCCAGCCUCUGUACGCAGUGCUGCUGCAUCUACAUUUAGUGAUGUUUAUACUUUGGUGUUUUUGUAUUUUUUUAACUGGUUGCACUGUUUUGUUUUGUUUUGUUUUUGUCAUUUAGAUUUGUAAAUUCAAACGUUUCAUACAAAGCCGAAUACCGUUGUAUAAUCCUGGCCUAUUUUAAAGUGUUCUUUUGUUUAUUCGUUGUUUCCGAAAAUCGCAGCUACAAGUCUCUUCAUAUGGUGCGUGGUUUCAUUGUCUUGCAAGCUGUCAAGCGAUUGACUUCUUGUAUGGACUUUAGGAAUUGAAUGUGUUGAUAUUUGUUUACGACGUAGGGGCUUGUUGCGUAUCAUGAUUAUUUCCAGUGUGAACAUCAGGCUAUAAUCCACUUCUUAAACCCUUUGGACAGUUCAUAUUAUUGAGUAUGAGCUCCUCAUGUGUAAUAACAAACUGUGCUAUGUAAUGAACAUCCAUCUCUAAACUUAAUGUAUUUAACGUUAUACUUUCACACAUCUGUUGUUGUGUUUUCUCAAUACUGACACUAUGCAAGGACCGAAUUUGUACUUUGGUAAUACAUAAACCAUAUGCAAUCUGUAUGUUGUAAAGUUGAGUACAGUUUUCCACACGUUUUUAUAGCAUGUGGCAUUUUCUUAAUUUUGUAAACAGGUGGUUGGGGGGGUUCAUUUAUUUUCCAUUUUGUAAAAGAUUUCUUAUCAGAAGGCCUUAACUGAUGAUGAUGACAAGUAUAUUAUGUUAAUAUAUGGAUUAAAGUGAGUACUGUAAGAUUUGGAAUACAAAUCAGUCCUCCUCUCUUUGGUGCAGCUUUUGACACGCUGUUAGUAUAAACCUGUUUGCCAAGAACAUGACUGACAGAAUUCAUUCCAGUCCUUAACUCCCAGCGGUAACACGAGAACUAAAAUCCGAGCACGGUUCUUGAUGUGCUUGAAUAAAGAGCUCUUUUGCUUAUGUUUUAUACACUUACACUUGGAUAUUUUGUAUAUAUAGGAAUGUACAUACAGUUUUUAUACUUUUUUUUUGCAUUAUGGGACUAUUUUGAAUUCGUCAGUUUAAUUAAAAAAGGAGAAGUGGCCAUUUUGAUUUAGUUGCUAUGGGAUUUAAUUUCUCCCUAACAUUGCAUUUACUUGUAAUCCAGAGCAGCUGCAGGAAAUUAUUCAAUUAUGGCAAACAACAGGAAGCCUGAUUUACUGGGUUAUUUUUUUUUUGUGCUACGCAUUAAAUUAAAGAAAAAAAUGCAAUUAAAUUGCAAGUGUAAAAUGUCAUAUUUUCACUGUCAGCCCAUAAAUUAAGCAUUGUGCUUUUAUAUUUCUGCCCAGGGAUAAACCCACAAAAUAUUCUCCUAACGCGCAGCAGACUUUGUCAUUAAAGACGCAUCCUACUGACUUGAGCACUUGAUGCAAAACCAAAUCCUGGAAAACACCACGGCUCACGUUCUUCACUUGUUCAGCCUGAAACCUCCAUGAGAGGCGCCUCCCGGGGCGAGAGCGCAUUUCUUUGUGACACCUCUCAUUAUUUCUUUUCUUGUAAAUCUUAAGUGCUGCAUUCCCUCCUGCUUCUUUACACACAACUUCUCUUUCCACAUGCUUUGCUUUGACAGUUCUUCUCACUUCACUUUGUUGUUGUCAAAAAUAUAAUUUACCUCUUUUGAAACACAAACCUAUUAUUAUUCUUGUUCCUGUCAAUUUUCCAAUCAGUGCUUGUGUUCUUUCGUCAUUCUGUACACAAUUCGGUGCAGGACGUUUUUCAUAUGCAGCACGCCAAAGACAUUUUACUUGCAUUCAUCAAGUGAAAUGAAUUAUUAAGGAGGUUAUCGUUUGCAUGUGAAAAAAGGCAAUGUUCUGAACCAAAACACUUCAUGUUAUACCUGUUAAUGAGGCCGCAUCUCACAGUUUCACAUACGCCGUUAUAGGAGGUUAACUGACGAGAAGCGAGCUGUAGAUUGUCAGCUGUGCUCACUUUCCUGUACUGUACAGACCUGCACACAUCACCAGCCGAUUUGGAAAGCGCAUGGCUAUUUGUGCUAAAAUAUUCCUCUGAUAGUGCCAAAAACCAGAACUCUGCAUAUUUGUAAGCGAUUUUAAGUCCAGAACAUUUGCUUUUAUUCUGUAUUUAAAACAACCUCUGUAUAGAUCAUCCAUUCUUAAAGGCUUUAGGUAACCAGCACCAUGCGUCUCUAUCUUGUAAAUUCCUUAACAGAAUUCAUACACUUUUAAUUUAUUUGUACUAGUUUUGUUUUAAUUGUUUUUGUUUUUACACAAAACCAACCACCCAAAGCAACAUUGUAUUGAGUAUUGAUGUCUUUGUAAUGAACCAGUCACAAUGCUGUUACUGUAUGGUUCUUUAUCCUGUAAUCCUCCAAUAAAAACACAUAUUUAUAUCCUU